AUGACGGUUGCUGUGCAGAUUCACUGUGAGGCCCAGACGAGCGGGGCAAAAUCUUCGCGUCACUACCGGCGCUUUGUUAUUCUAUUCGUCACCUUCUUUUUCUUGUCGUUUUUGCAUGCUGGUUUCGUCAGCUACAAUUGCGGCAUCGUGGCCAUGAAGGAUUUGUUGACAAGUCCACUCUAUGAUGAGGACACUUUUCACAUCAAUCGAUCAAUUAUUAUCUGGAACGCUGACCACCUAUCCCUCGAAGAUCGCCGCUUCGACUUUUCGGCCGGCGAGAUUGGAUGGUCCUUCGCUGCUGGUUUCGCCGGGGCGAUGUUCGGCGUUCCACUCCUUGGUUGGGUGGCUCCUCGCCUCGGGAUCCAUCUAUUAAUGUCUGGAAUGGGGCUGAUGGUGGCUGUCGCUUGUUUCAUCCAUCCACUCAUCGUAUCAUGGUCAUUUCCGGUGUUCGUCGUACUACGUUUCAUAAUCGGUACCGUCCUGGCCGUCCUCUUCGCCACCGCUGGAGAUGUCAUCGCAAAAUGGGCUCCUCUAGACGAGCGUGGAAUUUGGGUAGCGAUAUUGACCGGACAUCUCGAGUUCUCCCCACUCUUCGCGAUGCCCUUUGGUGGAUUAAUGGGUGCUGGAGUCUCCUGGCCGGCCAUCUACUAUUCCCACGGCGGGCUGGCGUUGAUUGUCACGAUUUUGUGGAUUGUGCUUCAUAAAAAUGAUCCCCGUAAAGUUAAAUGGUUGAAGCAGGGCGAGUUGGAUCAGAUUUUGGAAGGAAAGGAGGAGAUGCUCGUUAAGAAGGCCAAGAGAAGGGCCAUCUCCACCCUAAAACUCCUGAAAUCUCCAGUAAUUCUUGGCACAUGGGCCGCUUGUUUCGGUUAUUACUUUGCUGUUCAAUUCGCCAUUACAUUCUCGUUGAUCUAUUAUUCUCAAGCUUUGCAUUUUCCACUAUCAACUUGUGGACUGGUCGUCAUGAUUCCGUUGCUGUUAUUGCUACUUAUCAAAGUGGCCACCGGUCAACUUUCCGACACGCUCCACUCAAUACGGGAAGUUACCCGGAUGAGGAUAUUCAAUUCUAUUGCCCUAUUCGGCUCGGCGAUUUCCUUUAUUCUUGCCUCAUUUUGGGAGCCGAAUGGUAGCUGGCUGGAUGUAGCGGUUGUAGUACUCCCCGUCUGUAUCCUCGGCUGCCACAGUGGUGGAUACCCCAAAUGCAUGGUCGUGGUCGCAAAACAACAUUCCCCGGCCGUUUUCGCCUAUAUGCAGUUAUUAGGAUGUGCUGCCCUUGUUAUCGGUUCCUUCCUGGUACCCUCCCUAACUCCCACCGGUUCCCACACCGAAUGGGCCCUCGUUUUCCGAAUUUACGCUGCCGUGCUGGUUAUUUGUAACUUGAUCUUUUGCUGGUUGGCUUCGGACGAGCCAUGCGCCUGGACAAAAGCUGAGUCAAAACCCGCUGAAAUUGCUGCCGAAGAGCCGAGUAGUCAAGCUUCCCAAACCGGGUCUACGGCAGAA